ACAAGUGGGAAGCCAGAGCGUUUCCAGGCGGGGCUUCUCCCGGCAAGGAGGGCGCAUUUCCCCACUGUCGGACGCCCACGAGGCGCCCAUUUCUGGGAUUGCCCACGUCUCCCCGAGGGCCGCGGCCUGAGUGAAGGUCUGAUCCAGGACGGCACCGGAGGCCGCGUUCUGCCGCGCGGCCUUGCCGCCCCCGGGCUUCCGCGACACUCGCAGUCGUUUCCACCUCCCCGUCUCGCAGGAUUGUGUAGCACGUAGAGAAUUGCUUUGCAAAGUAGCCAAAGGUGUGCCUGACAAAAACGGGGACUUGGAAAAAAAAUGGAAUCGUGAUUGCCAAGAGGACGUGAGGACUUUUCUCUCCCCGAAGUGGUUAAACAUCCUUCUAGAGCUGCCCUGUCCCCCCACUCCCGCUCUUUCCCCCCACAACCGCGUGGUCUGACUGCAAAGGCGAACUCUAGCUCCCAGGGUGCCGCGCGCGGCCAUAAGGAACUACAGUUCCCAGCGCCCCCUGCGCUGGGACGGUGCGGCGUCCAAGCCACAAAAGCCAGGCCUGGAAACUACAACUCCCAGGGCGUUCCGGAGCCGAGCCGCUGGACUACGGGAAGUGGCCUGCGGAGGUCGGCGGGUAGCAACUCCGGGAUCUGGGUGCAAAAGCCCAGGGUUACGAGCCACAGGCAUGCUGCGACCCAAGGCUUUGACCCAAGUGCUAAGCCAAGCCAACACCGGAGGUGUCCAGAGCACCCUGCUGCUGAAUAACGAAGGAUCUCUGCUGGCCUACUCUGGUUACGGGGAUACAGACGCCCGGGUCACCGCGGCCAUCGCUAGUAACAUCUGGGCCGCCUACGACCGAAAUGGCAACCAAGCAUUUAAUGAAGACAAUCUCAAAUUCAUCCUCAUGGACUGCAUGGAGGGCCGUGUCGCCAUUACCCGAGUGGCCAACCUUCUGCUGUGUAUGUAUGCCAAGGAGACCGUUGGCUUCGGAAUGCUCAAGGCCAAGGCCCAGGCCUUGGUGCAGUACCUGGAGGAGCCCCUCACCCAAGUAGCAGCAUCAUAGUGGACAUCGGUGGAAGCUAGAGUCAGAAAAGAGAUGACCAUUUAGAGGGGCAGGGCCCCCUGGGGAAACCUUCCUGAACUAUGGAGUGAGGAUGGGAUUUUGUUUUUUCCAAGCAUAAAUUU